AUGAAAUUCGCUAAGAAGAAUCCCGUUCGACUUCUUUCACGAUCAGCUGCAUCAUCCGAAAAGCUGCCUUUGGUUGUGAAUUUAACAAUAGUGAAGUUGGAUGGUGAUGAGUACAAUAUUCAAGUCGGCAGAAACGCAACUCUAGCGAAGGUUAAGAAAGCUGUAGAGAAUGUUUUUGCGGAAAAAGGAGUAAGUUGGCCUCUCGUAUGGAACUACUUCUGUUUGGUAUAUAAGGAUUAUGAACUCAUAGACGGCGAAUCGGUGUGCAAGGAAUAUAAACUGAUAGACAAUAAAGAUAGAAUCAGAAACAUCCCGAUCAAGGAUGGAGGAAAGCUCUAUUUUGUGCACCAUCGCCAACCAGGUGCAACUUGUUCGUUCAGACGACCAUUCGUGUGGAGUAGCAUCUUUGUACUGCCACAAGUAUCCACUGAUGGACGAUACUGA